AUGGAGAAACAGUGGCUUACUGCUGCUGAAUUCAUUACUACUGCCAAAAGUGGAGAUGAAUUCUUGCCGGCGGAUUCUGAAGGGAUUGACAGUGAAAGAACAGACAUACAUUUUGAUUCCUUCAACGUCAUCACUUCCUUCUACUUCAACAGUUCCAUCAACAUCAUCAGGUCCCCUCAACAUCUUCAAUUUCUGAGGAACAUAAACCAGUGA